CUUCUCAAGCUUUGAAUGACGCGAUCAUCUCGCUUUCGCUCAACUUUGCGUGUUGCCACGCUAUAGAGGAUCCUAGGUGGCCUCGUUCAAUAACGCUGGCGACCAGUACCCGUGACAGUCAGCUCGCGCGCGUGGGGACAACAGACAGACAGACAUUCGCCCCCCACCCGCUCCGACCUGCUUGUUUUUCCUUUUUUCUCGCAGACUUUUCUGUGUUACUUGACAACAAUGCUCUUAUCUUUCCUACGGAUAACACCCACUGUUUCGUGUAUGAAGGCGUAAUCGCUGUGUAGUGGAGCAGCUCGGAUUCUGCGAGACCAAAGACAACUCUUAUUUAGGAAACCAACAUGCCGCGGAGGAAACAAGAAGCGCCCAAGCGUGCGGCAGCCUAUUCUCCAGAGGAGUUGGAGGAGAUGAAGGAGCAUGCGUUGGAAGAGGAGGUGGAGGAAGAGGACGUGGACUUCCCAGAGGAGGGGGAGGGCACAGAAAAGGACCUCUUCACCACGGAGCCACUGGGUGACCAGGAUUCAGUCGCAGGGACGGAGGUCUCCGCUCAGGAGAUGGACAGCGAAUCGCAUGUGAGCGAGGCCAGCGACCUGCUGUCAGACUUUGAGACGGCGUCAUUCAAAGCCGAAGAGGUGCCUGCCAAAGAGCCUCAGAGAGUAGCGGGUUUGGAGAGCCCCCCCCCUGGCGUCAACGCUCCCUUGGCCCAGGACACCCUAGAACAGAUGAAGGCAAUCUACUCCAGUUUUCUGACCAACUCCUACUGGUCACCCCUGAAUUUUAACCCCACUCCAGCACAGACUCUGACCCCGACCGUUGUGGAGAAGCCACCACGGACUAGCAGCACUAGUAGCAGCAGUAGCUGCAGCAGUAGCUACGACUGGCACCAGUCGGCGGUGGCCAAGUCCCUGCAGCAGCGGGCCUCCCAGAGCCGCCACACCCCCUCCUCGGAGCCCAGCCUCUUCAGCACGGUGCAGCUCCACCGGCAGAACCCCAGACUGUACGGCAACAUCUUCACUGGCGCCAGCAAGUUCCGCUGCAAGGGCUGCAGCGCCGCCUACGACACCCUGGUGGAGCUCACGGUGCACAUGAAUGAGACCGGCCACUACCGCGACGACAACCACGAGAGGGGUGCCAACGGCUCCAAAGGCCGCUGGUCCAAGCCUCGCAAGCGCUCCCUGCUGGAGAUGGAGGGCAAGGAAGACGCCCAGAAGGUGCUGAAGUGCAUGUACUGCGGCCAUUCCUUUGAGUCCCUUCAGGACCUAAGCGUCCACAUGAUCAAGACCAAACACUACCAGAAAGUGCCUCUGAAGGAGCCCAUGGUCCCAGUGGCAGCCAAAAUGAUUUCCAGGAAAAGAGCUCCCCUCUCUGGGAGCCUAGACUUCCCUGGAUCCCCACGCGGAAGAGAGGUGACCCCCAAACCCAAAGUAUCCCUGGGUGAUCCCAGCGACCACUCCCAUAAGUCAUCCAACCCCUACAGCACUCCCAACAAUCGCUUUGGCCACCAGAACGGUGCCAGCUAUGCGUGGCAGUUUGAAUCACGCAAGUCCCAGAUCUUAAAGUGCAUGGAGUGUGGGAGUUCCUACAAUACCCUGCAGGAGCUAACUGCCCAUAUGAUGGUGACGGGUCACUUCCUCCGCGUCACCAACAGUAACCCCCUCAGUAGGAGAGGAGGCAGGUCUGUCGCAGAGGCUGCCCCCCCCAGCCCUGUCCAGUCCACAGACUCUACUGAGGAGAGGGUUCAGUCGAUCCCAUUGGCUCCUUCUACAUUCUCUCCUCCUCCUGCCGUAUCACCUCCAGCCAUGUCCCCUCCUCUCAAAGACAUUAAGAAGGAGGACACAGAGGAGGAGUGUACCAUGGACGCGAUCAGCCGCGACAAGCAGGUGUCGAACAGGGACGGGGACGUGGAAGUGGAAGAAAAGUUUGACAUCUCCACCAGGUAUGACUAUCUAACGGAGGAAGACCUGAAAGAGAGCCCCAAGGGCGGCUUAGACAUUCUCAAGUCCUUGGAGAACACAGUGACUUCAGCCAUCAACAAAGCUCAGAGUGGCAACCCCAGCUGGGGGGGGUACCCCAGUAUCCACGCUGCGUAUCAGUUUCCCAGUUCCCUGAAGCUCCCUCAGGGCUGCACUACUGAGAAGAGUUCCCCUCUCAAGUAUUUUACUGGAGCAGAGGGUGUACUCUCCUCCCUCAGCAAGAUACAGCCGCUCAUCUCUCCACUGGGAAGCCAGAGCCCUCCGUUCCCCCACCUGAACAACUUCCAGGCCAUGGAGGAACUGGUGAAGAAGGUGACGGAGAAAGUGGCCAAAGUUGAGCGGAGAGUGAAGAGCGAGGAGUCGCCCAAGAGAGCAGAGCACCUUUCCCCCUGUAGCAGUGAGGGGGCAGAGUCUACCCCCUCAGACUCCCCCCAGGAAUGGAGGCCGGUGACCCUGGCUAACAGUGACAGAGGUAGCCAUGGCAACAGAGUCUCACCGUCCGAGGCGGAGAGCAGGAGAGGGGCGGUCCAACCGCCAGCCUCUGCUCUAAACUGCAGCGCGGCUAUCAUAACCGGACAUGCCCCUCUGGAACAGCCCUUUGUUAACCCUUUAAGUGCUCUUCAGUCUGUGAUGAAUGUCCACCUGGGGAAGGCUGCCAAGCCCAUCGUUCCCAGUCAGGACCCUCUCAGUCUGCUGUCCAGAUUGAGUCAGAGUAUGGCCGAGAGGGCUGCUGUGGCCGCCACCCCAACACACUCCAAAAAACAAUCAGAGCCUGCGGCUUUUAGUAGUGUCUGCCAGUCCAGCAAUGACCAGCCCAUGGACCUGACUAAAGGAAAAAGUGACCGAGGGGGCUCUAUGGGCUCUGCUCCUCUGACUCCCUCAUCGACAGCGUCCUCAGUCUCCCCUGUCUCAAUGAUGACACCUGCCAAUAUGACUGUGGUCUCUCCCUUUGCGUCCAGCAGCCCACUCCAAGAGAACGCCCUGUCGGACAUCUCCGACAUGCUGAGGAACCUGACUCAGUCGGCACACGUCUCGAAGCCCGUUUCGCGGACCCGUAUCACGGAGCGAGUCGUGGAUGCGGUGGGCCCCACCGCCCCAGAGGAGGCGGAGGGGUCCAUGGCCAGUAAGCGUAAAGGCCGCCAGUCCAACUGGAACCCGCAGCACCUGUUCCUCCUGCAAGCCCAGUUCUCCUCCAGCCUCCGACAGACGUCUGAUGGCAAGUACAUAAUGUCUGACCUGAGCCCCCAGGAGAGAAUGCACGUGUCCCGCUUCACGGGCCUCUCCAUGACCACCAUCAGCCACUGGCUGGCCAAUGUAAAGUACCAGCUGCGGAGAACCGGCCGGACCAAGUUCCUCAAGAACCUAGACUCGGGCCACCCGUUGUUCUUUUGCAGCGAGUGUGCCUCACAGAUCCGGACCCCUACUGCCUACAUAUGCCACCUGGAGGCCCAUCUGGGCUUCAGACUUAAGGACCUGGCCAAGCUUGCUCCAAAACAGACCCUGAGGGACUCCUUUAAAGGUGGAUCCGAUAGACCGCCCCUCCUGGAUCCCUUCCUCGUCUCUCCUCCGCCCGCUUCACAGUCCCAAGAGUUGGGAAGUGGGACUGUGUACCAUUGCCAGCUGUGCAUACGGAAGUUUGCUAGUAAGCAUGCCAUCAAGCUCCACCUCAGCAAGAGCCACGGGAAGUCCCCAGAGGACCACCUCCUGUAUGUCUCUGAAAUGGAGAAACACUCGAAGUAAAAUGUACAUUACUUCACAGAAACAUUUGAGUGCUGUCAGCUAUGGACAUACUGGAAUAUAAGCUGUUUAAAAAAAAAAGAAUACAAAACACGUCAAGGAAAAAAAAUUAAUUGUGUGACAGAAAUGCACAAUGAUGCCAUUAACUACUGUUAAAUAUCAGCACAAGGUGUUUACAUCCAUAGCCUAUGCUUAAUUGUCUGUAUUUUUCUCUAUUUCGAAAGACAUUCAUUUCAAAUGUUGAAGAUUUACGCAGUGUUAAAGGAAUAGUUUGCCCAACUUACAAAUGUACAUGUUCCCUUACCUUUUACCGCAAGUUGUCUUUUGUCCAGGAGAGAAAACAUUUUAGUGGUUUUGUAAUUUUGGUGAUUUCUACCUUUGCUGAAAAUAGUAAUUUGAGGUUUAUUACAUUGUAAUGUAUUUUAUUUUCUAUGUGAAGUUGAUUGAAAGGUGUUGGCUUUUUGUUGAACCACAUGUAUGCAGUUACCAGUUAACAGUUUAAAAGUUUGGUACUUUGCUACAGUUUUUAUUUGGUGUGUGUGUGUGUGUGUGUGUGUGCGCGCGUGUGUGCGUGUGUGCGUGCGUGCGUGCGCUGAUUAUGGCAUUUUUACUCUAAGAGAACAGGUAAGAAUCUAGCAGUACUCUCCGGUAGAUGUUUUGAAUCAGUUCAACAGUAGGUUGUUGCAUCACAUUUUAUUAUAUUCGACAGUUGUUUUGUUUUUUUGCAUUGCGGAUUUGUGGAAUCUGCAGUAUUACUUAUCAUCAAGUCAGGGGCCCUCAAUCCAGGUCAAUGUAAAAAUGUAUAUACACUAUAGGCUUACCACUUGCUGUUUAAGUUAUGCAUACUUGUUAUAUUUCCUCAUUUAAAAGGACUAUGACUAUCCACUGGUGCAGAGCCUUUGAAGAAAAAUUACAUUGUUUUGCACAAUAGUUUUAUAAAUGUUACUUGAUUAAACAAAUAUAUAUAUAAAAUGGAACUUUGUUCAUGCCCUGUUGCUUCUAUUAUUAAAUUGACUUAAAUUGCUGCACACAACUGUUCUCU